AGCCUUGAGCCCAGCGCGCCACCCCGGGCUCUGCCUCCCGGCCGGGUUCCCCGCCCGACAGUCUCCGCCAACUUCGUCCCGGGACAACCCUCCGCCCCUUCUCCCGCCCGUGGGCCACCAGGGCAGCCCUGACGGCGCGGUCCCCUCUUCGGAUCCGUCUGGAUGGAGGCGCCGGCUGAGAACUGUGGCCUCCACCUCGCAGCCUCCGCGGACCACACCUCCCCUCGUUAGAGAAAUGCCGCACCAGCACAGCCAGCUAACAAGGAUCCUGGAGUGACCUCCAGGAUGGAGCUGGGGCCAGCCACAGAGACCUUCAUGCUGGAAUUGCGAAGUCUUGAGGAUGGAGGUCCAGGGCCCGACCCCCAGUCAGGUGGUAGUGGUGGAAGUGACAAUCAGGAAGAGGUGCAGGAGGAGAGCAGCAGCCCACCACCAGCAACAGUCCCUGCCUCAUCCGGGACCAGUACCAUCACUGAGGAAGCCCAGCUGGGACGGCAGGACCAGCAAUUACAGCAGCAGCAGGCACCAGAUCCACAGUUAGAGCAGCAGCAAGAACAAAGUCAACAAUUGCAGCAGGAACAAGUGCAGCAGCAAGAGUACCAGCUGUCACAGCCAGAGCAGCAGCAGCAGCUACAGCAGCAGCAAGUGCAAGAACGGCAGCUGCAGCCACAGGAGCAGCCACACCAGCAGCAAGUGCAAGAACAACAGCUGCUGUUACAGCAGCAGCAGCAGCAGCUGCAGCACCAGCAAAUGCAGGAGCAGCUGCAGCAACAGCAGGAACAGCUCCAACAGCAGCAAAGGCAGCAGCAGCAGCUAUCACUGCAGCAGCAAGAACAAUUACAGCAGCAGCAAGUGCAGGUGCAACAGCUGUUGCAGGAACAGCUGCUGCUGCAGCCACAAGGGCAAGACCUACUACAGCAGCAACUGCUCCAUCAACAGCAACUGCUCCAGCAGCAGGAGCAGCUGCAGCAGCAACAAUUCCAGCAGCAGCAGGAACAGUUGCAGCAGCAGCAAAUACUGUUGCUGCAGCAGCAGGAGCAGUUACAGCAGCAGUUGUUGCAGCACCAGCAGCAGGCACAGCUGCAGCAGCAGCUCCUGCAGCAGCAGCAGGCACACAUACAGCAGCAGCUGUUGCUACAGCAGCAGGCACAGAUGCAGCAGCAGCAGCCUCCGCUGGACCCGGAGGAGGAGGAGGAGGAGGUGGAACUGGAGCUCAUGCCAGUGGACAUGGGGUCAGAGCAGGAGCUGGAACAGCAGCGCCAGGAGCUGGAACGGCAGCAAGAGCUGGAGCGCCAGCAGGAGCAGCGACAGCUGCAGCUGAAACUGCAGGAGCAGCUGCGGCAGCUAGAGAAGCAGCUGGAGCAGCAGCAGCGGCUGGAGCAGGAGCAGCUGGAGCGGCAGGAGGUGCAGCUGGAGCUGACCCCGGUGGACCUGGGUGCGCAGCCCCCUCACGAGGUGCAGCUGGAGCUGACCCCGGUGCAACCGGAGCUGCAGCUGGAGCUGGUGCCGGCGGCGGGCGGCGGCGGCGGGGCGGGCGUCCCGGGGGCCCCCGCCGCCGUGGUGGUGGCCCCUCCCGGCUACGUGGUGCUGCAGGAGCCCAUGGUGCUGCCCGCCGCUGUGAGCGCGCCGGCCGUGGUGGCCAUCCCGGGCCCGGCGGGCAGCGCGGCGCUGGCCCCGGCCCGGCAGCGGCGGCGGCGGCGCGCGCGGGACCGGCCGACCAUCUGCGGCGAGUGCGGCAAGGGCUUCAGCCGCAGCACGGAUCUGGUGCGGCACCAGGCCACGCACACGGGCGAGCGGCCGCACCGCUGCGGCGAGUGCGGCAAGGGCUUCUCGCAGCACUCGAACCUGGUGACGCACCAGCGCAUCCACACCGGCGAGAAGCCCUACAUCUGCUCCUACUGCGGCAAGCGCUUCAGCGAGAGCUCGGCGCUGGUGCAGCACCAGCGCACGCACACGGGCGAGCGGCCCUACGCCUGCGCCGACUGCGGCAAGCGCUUCAGCGUCUCCUCCAACCUGCUGCGCCACCGGCGUACGCACUCGGGCGAGCGGCCCUACGCCUGCGAGGACUGCGGCGAGCGCUUCCGACACAAGGCGCAGAUCCGCCGCCACGAGCGCCAGCUGCACGGCGCCGGCCGCCCGCGGGGGCUCGGCCUGCUGCGCGCCCCGCCGGCCCCGGGGAGGGGGCCCGUCGCCGCCGCCGCGGCUCCGGCGGGAGGUGGAGGCAGGCUGAGCACCCCCAGGAGGCCAAGAGGAGGCUUGCUCCCCAGGAAGAUGGCAGCUCUUCACACGACUUCAGAUUCCUCGGCUGUCCAGCUGGAGAGGGUAGAGGACAGAGUGGAAUGUGGUACUGACCAGGAGGAGGAGGAAGAGGAGGAGGAGAAGCAGGGAGAGGUAGAAGAUUUGGAAGAAGAAGAGGAGGAGGAGGAAGAGGAGGAGGAAGAGGAGAAGGAAGCACAGGUACAGAAGGUGGCAGAGGUGGAGGUGAAGGCCAACUUGCUGGAGGAGGAGAAGAAAGAGAAGGAAGAGGAAGAGGAGGAGGAUGAGGUCCUGGCAGAGGAGCCGAGUCCUGGCUUGGAGACGGGGGAUCAACAUAGCCAUGAUGGUGACACCAAGUCCACAGUUCUUCUGAGAAAGUCCCUGCAGGCUUCCCGGCUUGUAGUUACUGCUCUAGAUGAAGAAGAGGAGGAGGAGGAGGAGGAGGAAGAGGAGGAAGAGGAAGACUUCCUGACAGCUGGGUCCCAGGGAUUGGUGACCUUUGAGGACGUGGCUGUGUACUUUUCCCUGGAGGAAUGGGAAAGGCUGAAUGUGGAGCAGCGGGCCCUCUACCAGGAAGUGAUGCAAGGGAACUAUGGGAUCCUGGUGUCCCUGGGCUACCCAAUCCCCAAACCAGAUUUGAUUUUCCGCCUGGAACAAGGGGAAGAACCUUGGGUUCCAGAUAGCCCCCAUCCUGAGGAGGGCGACAUUGUCACUGGAGUCUACACAGGAGCCUGGUACUGGACUGACGACCUAGAGGACCAUGAAGAGGAAGACGAUGAAGACUUCUUGGCAGAAAUGGCUGAGGAGGAGAAUGAGCCACCCGGGCUGUGGUCUGCCGCCUAUGGAGUUGGGGACGUGCCUGGGACCUGGGGCCCCGACGACUCGGAUUCCGGGCAGACUGCGGAGGGGUGGGGACCAGACUCGGGUGGCCUCGGAAUCCUGGCAGAUGAGGCUGGGGCAAAGCCCUUCCUGGGGCGGGAAGAGCUGGCGCCCUGGGCGUUCCCAGUAGUGGCCGCCCCAAUUGGGCGACCGGAGACCACAUGUGACGUGUGCGGCAAGGUGUUUCCGCACCGGUCCAGGUUGGCCAAGCACCAGCGCUACCAUGCAGCCGUCAAGCCCUUUGGCUGCGAUGAAUGUGGCAAGGGCUUCGUGUACCGCUCGCACCUGGCCAUCCACCAGCGCACGCACACCGGCGAGAAGCCGUUCCCGUGCCCGGACUGCGGCAAGCGCUUCGUCUACAAGUCGCACCUGGUCACGCACCGGCGCAUCCACACCGGGGAGCGGCCCUACCGCUGCGCCUUCUGCGGCGCGGGCUUUGGGCGCCGCUCCUACCUGGUCACGCACCAGCGCACGCACACGGGCGAGCGGCCCUACCCAUGCCCGCACUGCGGACGCAGCUUUAGCCAGAGCUCGGCGCUCGCGCGCCACCAGGCUGUGCACACCGCCGACCGGCCGCACUGCUGCCCGGACUGCGGCCAGGCCUUCCGCCUGCGCGCCGACUUCCAGCGCCACAGGCGCGGUGGGGGCUGCACGGAGCCCGGCGGCAACGGCUCGCAGCCGGAGCCCCGCAACGUGGCGAUUGCGCCUGGGACCGAGGAACUGGAGGUCGGGCCCGAGGAAGCUGAGGAGCCAGAGACCAGCGCCGCAGAUGGAGCCCCUGAGAUCGACGAAAGAGGCGCAGAGGCCUCUGUCCUCGAGAACACUAAGGAGCCAGAGCCCGGCCAGCGGCCCCUGGAGGUGGGCAACGGCCUAGGAGAGGGCCAGGGCCCCUCCUCACACCCGCUCGGCUUCCACUUUCCUGUGCAUCCCAAGUCCUGGCUCCGACCCGACGGCUUCCCAAUCUUGGGCCUCCCUGAGUUCGGAGAGCGUCUGCCAGCCGACGGGCGCCCCGUGCUGGGUCCCCUGGGGGGCCCACUGGCCCUGGUGGAGGGCGCGGGGCUGGCGUGUGGCCCUUUCAGCGGUGGCGGAGGCAGCGCCGGUGCCGCGGGCGGCGGCCUGCGCGCGUUCGGGCCAGCCGUCGGGGGGCUGCUGGCCGAGCCGGCGCCCGCCGCGCUGGCCGAGGAGGAGAGCCCGUGGAUCUGCUCGGACUGCGGCAAGACAUUCGGCCGCCGCGCCGCGCUGGCCAAGCACCAGCGCUACCACGCGGGCGAGCGGCCGCACCGCUGCGCCGACUGCGGCAAGAGCUUCGUGUAUGGCUCGCACCUGGCGCGCCACCGGCGCACGCACACGGGCGAGCGGCCCUUCCCGUGCCCGGAGUGCGGUGCGCGCUUCGCCCGCGGCUCGCACCUGGCGGCGCACGUGCGCGGCCACACCGGCGAGAAGCCUUUUGUGUGCGGCGUGUGCGGCGCGGGCUUCAGCCGCCGCGCGCACCUGACGGCGCACGGGCGCGCGCACACGGGCGAGCGGCCCUACGCGUGCGGCGAGUGCGGCCGCCGCUUCGGGCAGAGCGCGGCUCUGACGCGGCACCAGUGGGCGCACGCGGAGGAGAAGCCGCACCGCUGCCCCGACUGCGGCAAAGGCUUCGGCCACAGCUCGGACUUCAAGCGGCAUCGGCGCACGCACACAGGCGAGAAGCCCUUCCGCUGCGCCGACUGCGGCCGCGGCUUUGCGCAGCGCUCCAACCUGGCCAAGCACCGGCGCGGGCACACGGGGGAGCGGCCCUUCCCGUGCCCCGAGUGCGGCAAGCGCUUCUCGCAGCGCUCGGUGCUCGUGACGCACCAGCGCACGCACACGGGGGAGCGGCCCUACGCCUGCGCCAACUGCGGCCGCCGCUUCUCACAGAGCUCGCACCUGCUCACGCACAUGAAGACGCAUCGAGGCCCGGCUGCGCCCGGCGCGGCGCCGGCAGCCCCUUCGCCCAAGACCCCAGCGCCCAAGGGACCGGCGAGCGCGAGUCCUGGCCGGGGCCUGGGCGGCAGCGCCCUGCUGGAGUUCGCGGGAGGGACAAGCUUCGGCUCGGAGCCCGCGGCAUUCGCGGGGCCCUCGGGCACCUACGUUGGGAGCCCCGGGAAGGAAAGCGUCCCGUGAGGCGCCGCGGCCCGCGCGCAGCCCGCCCCGCCCCGCCCCGCCGAGGGGCGCCACCCAUGGCCCCGGCUUCCCUCUCUCCCGCCUGAAGAACGAGGUCUAGUGAGGAAGCAAGGGGAGCGGUGGGGCAGCCCCUAGAACAGACGGCGACCCCCACCCCACCCCACCCCGGCGGCGGGCCAGGCUAUUUAUUGUGCCCGGAUUCCCACAUGCGCUGCUGCUGGUCGCCGAUGGUGUUCAGGGCGGGAAGUUGAGGAAGAGCGCGGGUUAGCGCCCGUGGGGAGACCCUGGUAGGUGUUGGCCUCUUCCCCCCUUCCUCAGCGGGAGCUCAGGGCCCAGAAAGCCUUGGGAACGCCAGGCCAGGCCUUGAUGGCAAGGACCGCUUUGGUCUCAGCUCUCUCCACCCAUCCCUUGGCCCCGGUGGCCAGAGGUGGUGGCAUUUGGACGUCCUUGGGGUGCCCUCUGGGUUCCCACAGACCCGGGCCCCAUCGUCGUUCCCUGGACUGUCCCCUCCUGCAGCAGGCAGACACCCGGGGCCCUGCACCUCGGAGCCCAGGGCUCUUUUAGCUUUUAUUGCCCAGUGCGGGUCCAAGGAUCUCCCCUUCUGUCCACCUGGUGCCAGGGCCCCCGCAACCUCCUAAGGCCCUUUUAGCUGCUUCUGUCGUCGUCCACACUACAUUCCUGCCCCACUGGGGGCCGAGAGGUGGCAGGCCACACCUGAAGGGAGUGGGCCCGAACCCCUGGCGCAGUGACACCAAGCAACCAGCUAUGCAAGCUCUGGCCUGGUGGACGGCAGUCGCCGCGGGCUCAGGGCUCAGGAGCGGUCACCUCGCAUUAUACUGUUUGGGCCAGAGAAGUGAGGUUUUGAAGCACUGCAUUCCCUUUUAGAGCUAGUUCCUUCUGUGUUAGUGUAGACACGGCCGCAGGGGUGAGAGCCAGCGGCCAGGCUGCUAGGUGCUGGUUGGGUUGGUGUGGUAGUGGCGGGUGGUGGGUUGGGAGGAGAGCGGGGGUCUCAGGGAGGCCCGAGUGCUGGGUCAUGGCCUCUCUGCCCCGGGCCUUUUCCUUCCCAUGUCUUCUGGGACACGAGCCUCAGAAGGAGCCAAAGCAGGGUGGGCCGGAGGGCAGCCCCGCCCCAUCCCUCGGGCCUGGCUACUUCAGCUCUGCCCAGCAGCGGUCGGCAGGACCUAGCUUUAAUAAAGAUGGCGAAACGAGCUUUCCGACUGGACUCAGUGC